UGCAGACCGGGGCAGCGGAGUGAUGUCCCUCUCCCUCUCUCAGGAUGUACUCUCACGGUUCAGAGAGUUUAAUUAAACAAGCCAGGGAGAUUCAGGAGUCUGAGCUGCAGAAGUUUUACAGCAGAUUGGUGAAGCUGCUCCAAGGGAAGGAGUUCGGCCAUGAGACGAUCGACUCCCUGCAGAGGCUGCACCUCAUCCUCUCUGCCACCAAGUACACCAGGACGUUACCCGCAGAGCUGCAGAAGAGACUUUUAUCUCUCCUCUCCUCGCCGGUGGAGCAGCUUCAGGUGCUGAGCUCGGCCGUGCUCAGAGAGACUCUGCCCCUCCCUGGUCAGGAACUGAACUACAACCAAGACAACAUCAGUCAGCUCAACAGCUACGCCGCUGCCCUGCUGCUCUCACAGGCCGGAUCCAGGGCCGAGCUGUCGUCACUAUGCACUCAGCUCCUUCGCAGCCUGGAGAGCCGUCAGUCAGAGGCGCCGGCUCAUUCGCUCACACACACGCUGCCGAUCCUCAACACCGUCCUCACACACAGCCCCGAGUGCCUCUCUGAAGAUCACCUGACCCUCCUGAGCAAAAAGCUUGUUGAUUGGCUGCGUUAUGCGAGCAUCACGCAGGGAGGCGGGGCUUCCUCUGGAGGAUUCUUCACAGGGCCCAGGUCACGUCAGCCGGCGCCGAUCGCGGAGCUGGACGGGACGGUGUCCGGGGAUUUCUUCACUGUGCUGUGUGUGGGCCAAGGCUUCACUGACGACCAGUGGAUGAAUGUUUAUUCCUUUUCCAUGCUGCGCCACUGGCUUCUCACCUACCACUCGGUUUCCAGCGGCAACAUCGCAGCUGAUACUGCAAACAGGCUGCAGCUCAGCCUCUCCCUCUCACACUCCCACUCCUUUUCCAAUGAUGACCGGUCGGAGGUGGACGGAUCGGUGGUUUCCAUGGUUUCAGCAACGUCCUCCUCCAGCCGGUUGCUGCCUCCGAAGGAGCGUCUGAGGGAGAAGGCUUUCCAGUACUGCCUACGCCUCAUCGAACAGAGCGACCGCAAGGCACAUAAAAGGACGGACACAGAGCUGCAGAAAGCGUGUCUGGUGGAGGCGGUGUGUAUCCUGGACUGUGUGUGUGUGGAGGACGCCUCGCUGGUCUACCGAACGUUCCCGUGCGUCAAGGCGCUCUUUGGUCGGCUCAGCUCAGACCUGACGUUUGCCAGAGUCCUGCUGCCCAUCGCACAGUUCUACCUCAACCAUGGUGAGUUGGCAGCAGUGGACUGCGACGGCGUGUGGAGGCUGGUGUUUGGUCGGUUUCCUGCCGAGCUGUUCAGCGACCCCUUCCUGGCUCACGAGCUUCUACGCUUCCUCCGGCUGAACCUGGACAGCCUGCGGCUCCGAGUCCCGCAGUACGCCCGCUCCUUCCCGAACCUGCUGAAGUUCUUGGCGUGGGACAGUCCGGCCGUGGUGGAUGACUUUGUGGAUCUGCUGCCCUCUCUGGUGACCGCUGAAACUGCAGUGGAGCUGCUGCACACACUGCUGGACCUGCCCUGUCUCUCUGCCACACUGGUGUUGCAGCUCAGGUUAACGUGCACGCCCAUCUCUGAGCCAUGCGGACGCGGCCUCCUCUCAUUGGACGCAUUUCGAAGCACUUCUUUCAGAGGACUUUUCCUCUACCUGCUUCGAGUGGAGGCAGGGUCAGGUGACACGAUCGACAGACUGAGCACGCUCCACGAGAUGCUGGCCGAGGCGGCUGAUUGGCCGAGAGUUAUUCAGUGCGCGCAGACCGUCCCUGUGAUGUUGCACAUCUUUUUCAACACGGUCGUCGCGGUCGCUGACCAGAAGCUUUUAGCCCAUUUGAUUCUGGUGAUGCUGGAGAGAAGCAGCCUGCUCCUCAGCCUCCCCGCAUACAUCAAAGAGAUACACAGGGUGUUCAGCUGCCACCUGCUGAGGCUGUGUAAGCUCCACCCCUCUCUGGUAGUGGAUCAGUCUCACGAGCUGCUGGAGUUUGCUGGAAGCACAGCCAACGUCUACAGCAAAGAGGAAAUCUACACACACGUGGUGUGGGUGCUGGGAGAGUACCUCUCUGUGUCAUGUGACUCUCGCUGCUCUGUGAGGCUCAUCACUUCCUGUUUCGAGGCGUUGGAGGCCGUGCUGUUUGAGAUAACUUCAUCUGCCCCGCCCCCCGGAGCGGCUUCCCCUGCCCCUAGAGUCGUCACCACUCUGAUGAGCGCUCUGGCUAAGCUGGCGUCGCGGUCACAUGACCUCAUCCCCAGGGUGUCUCUGUUCCUCUCCAAGCUAAGAACAGUAACCAGAGGGGGGUCAGUGGCCUGGUGCUCAGACGAGGAGGAUCUUGUUGCCAUAGUAACACGAGGGGAGGAGUUGUGGUCGCUGCUGAAGACCCCCGGUGUGGCUCAGAGUGUAUUGACCCCGCCUCCACACGUCACCACACCACAGUGGCACCGAGACACCAACGUGUCCAUGCCACUGCAACUGCGAACCCUCACCAGCCUCACACACUCGCAGUGACACACACACACACACACACACACACACACACACACACACAGAGUCAUGUGACACACAUCCUAAU